AUGAACAUUGAAAUAACAUCAAAGGUAAUCAGUCAGAUUAUACCCCGACCGGGAUUGUACGAUCUUGGUGGUGACUUAGACAAUGAUAUCCAGAUUGUCCUUGAUUGGUUGAGUCCAUACUAUCCAGAAAACCUAAACAAUAACAAACCUACAAAGAUUGUUGAUCCGUCAGUACGAGUCAAGAAAGCUAUACAUGGCUAUUUGAAACAUGAACUGAACCAGAUUGAGUUUGUUAUGGUUUACAUAAACACUAUAUCGUCUCAGUUUGAAACCAAGUUCGUGGCGGACCUUCUGUUUUUGGAGUAUAUUCACAUGGUUAGGCAAUUGCUGCACUAUUACAAUUGUCAUUUGGAUUAUUUAAACCUCACAAACCGUUCCCGAAUGAUCUUCACUAGAAAACUAAACUUGCUAAUUAAUAGCAAACUAUCACAUACCAAAAUGGAAGAAUACUUUGCCGAACGGUUGUUUGGAGAUUUGUCAAGCCAACUGCAUUUCGAACUUAUUGAUGUGAUAACUACAUUGACUUCUAUAAAUUUGACCAAUGAACUUAAUUCUACCAUGAUUCAAUUGGCAAUAUCCACAAUCAAAAGAAAUAUCAAAGAAAUAGCCACCGAGAAAUGGACAGUUCCCAUACUAGACUCGAUUAACAAUUGCAUAACUACUCAAAUUUACCCAACAUUUUCCUUGGUUACAUCAUACACGGAAUCACCAGCUGCAUCCUAUCUCUCUUCCCUAAAUACAACUGCCCAUGAUGAACUAGUCCACCUUCGAAUAAGCGAGAUAUAUACCAUGGUGUCGACAUACCCCAGCUCCAUACCAGCACUUGAAGAACUUCACCUAUGUCUUACAUCAUCCACAAAACGUCGUCAGUUGACCACCCUGUUUAUAGAUUCUAUGAGAAAACACUUGCUUCAUUCAGGCGCAGACACUGUUGAUAUAAUUCACAUCUACAUCAAAACCAUGCAAUCUUUUCUAAUCAUUGAUCCUCGAGGGGUGUUACUAGAUCAAGUCAUUCGACCUGCUCGAAAAUACUUGAGAACCAGAGACGAUGUUGUGAUUAAGUUAGUUCACGGAAUGUUGAAUAACAAUCCUUCUAGUAAACUUUAUGAGUUGGCUGUUGAAUUGACAAGAAAACAAGAGAGUAUUGUCAGAGAUGAAGGACUCAAAUGGACACCAGAUCCAAUUGACGCCCUUGCCGAUUUCAAACGGGGAAAACACGACGUGAUUGAAUCACUUCUUUCCAUAUUCACAUCCAAGGAAGUAUUUAUCGAUGAAUUUACGCGAUUGUUUGGAAAACAAUUGAUUGAAGGUGGAGAUGUGCAAGAUAUAGAAGAGAAGUUAGUUCUUCUCAAGUCAAGAUUCGGCAACGAUUUGUUUACCAUGUUGGAUAUUAUGAUUCGUGAUAUCAGACAAAGUGGAUUAUAUCAAGGAGAUUUGUUACGUAUGUCGGUGUUGUCUCAUUUGUAUUGGCCUUCUAGCAUGCUUGAGCAUGAUUCGUUUUCUGUUCCGGACUUGAUACAACAGCGAUUUGAUGAAUUUAAAUCUCAGUUCAUUAAUGAUAAACCUGGCCGUACUGUAAAGCAUAUACCUAGUUUGGGAUCGGUCACGCUUGAGCUUGAAAUUAAUCAUGAAACAAAACUGUUUGUAGUCACACCAUUACAAGCUGCAAUUAUCGAUUUGUUUAAUGAGAAAAGUGAUGAAGUUUCAGUUAACGAUGCGGCUACAAAAUUAAGUAUCAGUGAAUACACCGCAACACAGGCAUUAAAUUUUUGGGUUGAUGAAAAAGUGUUGAUGAAACUUACAAGCACAUUAUACAUUGCUAAUGAAGAUGAUGAAUCGUUUUAA